CGCCGCAUCUCUAAAGCCUUACCUGUCCGACAGAAACGCCACAUUUCCAAAGUCUUACCUGUCCAACAGAGACACGACAUCUUUGAAGCCUUACCUGUCCAACAGAGACGUCGCAUCUCUAAAGCCUUAGCUGUCCAACAGAGAUGUCGCAUCUCUAAAGCCUUACCUGUCCGACAGAGACACGACAUCUCUAAAGUCUUACCUGACCAGCAGAGACACGUCAGAGUGGUUCUGACCAACGGCGUCGCUGGCGUUGGAAAAACCUUCUCAGUGCAGAAGUUCUCUCUGGACUGGGCAGAGGGCUUGGAGAACCAAGAUGUCAGUCUGCUGGUUCUGCUUUCGUUCAGGGAGCUGAACCUGAUCAGAGAUCAGCAGUACAGUCUUCUCAGGCUGCUCCAUGUUUUCCAUCCAACAUUACAGAAGGUCACAGCAGAGCAGCUCGCUGUCUGUAAAGUUCUGUUCAUCUUUGACGGCCUGGAUGAAAGCAGACUGUCACUGGAUUUCAACAACAGGAAGUCUGUGUCUGAUGUCACACAGGAGUCAUCAGUCAACGAGCUGCUGACAAACCUCAUCAGGGGGAAUCUGCUUCCCUCGGCUCUCGUCUGGAUAACUUCCAGACCUGCGGCGGCCAAUCAGAUCCCUCCUACAUGUGUGGACAGGGUAACAGAAGUACGAGGCUUCACUGACGCCCAGAAGGAGGAGUACUUCAGGAGGAGAUCCAGUGAUGAAGAGCUGUCCAGCAGAAUCAUCUCACACAUCAAGACGUCCAGGAGCCUCCACAUCAUGUGUCAAGUCCCAGUCUUCUGCUGGAUCACUGCUACAGUUCUGGAGCACAUGUUGACCACAGACCAGAGAGGAGAGCUGCCCCAGACCCUGACUGACCUGUUCUCACACUUCCUGCUGGUUCAGACACAGAGGAAGAAGAACAAGUACCAUGAGGGACGUGAGACGAGUCCACAGGAGCUGACGGAGGCUGACGGGGAAGUUCUUCUGAAGCUGGGGAGGCUGGCGUUUGAACAUCUGGAGAAAGGAAACAUCAUGUUCUACCAAGAAGACCUGGAGCAGUGUGGUCUUGAUGUCACAGAGGCCUCGGUGUACUCAGGACUUUGUACUGAGAUCUUCAGAAGAGAGAGUGUGAUCUUCCAGAAAACAGUCUACUGCUUUGUUCAUCUGAGCAUUCAGGAGUUUCUGGCUGCAGUCUACAUGUUCCACUGUUACACCAACAGGAACACAGAGGUCCUGGAGAACUUCCUGGGGAAACAACAUGUUGAUUUAACCCUGGAUGUCUUCCUGAGGAGAGCCAUGGAGAAAUCCUUCAGAAGUAAAAAUGGUCACCUGGACCUGUUUGUUCGCUUCCUUCAUGGCCUCUCUCUGGAGUCCAACCAGAGACUCUUAGGAGGUCUGCUGGGUCAGACAGAGAACGAUCCAGAAACCAUCCAGAGAGCCAUCAACAACCUGAAGGAGAUGAACAGUUAUUUUAUCUCUCCUGACCGAAGCAUCAACCUCUUCUACUGUCUGACGGAGAUGAAGGAUCACUCAGUUCAUCAGGAGAUCCAAGAGUUCCUGAAGUCAAAGAACAGAUCAAAGAAGGAACUGUCUGACAUCCACUGCUCAGCUCUGGCCUACAUGCUGCAGAUGUCAGAGGAGGUUCUGGAUGAUUUGGACCUGAAGAAGUUCAACACAUCAGGGGAGGGACGACGGAGACUGGUCCCAGCUGUGAGGAACUGCAGGAAGGCUGAACUUGAUUAUUGUGGGCUCUUAGAGACUCACUGUGAAGUCGUGGCCUCAGCUUUGAAGUCCAGCCCCUCCCACCUGAGAGACCUGGACCUGAGUCACAACCCUAACCUGCAGGAUCCAGGAGUGAAGCUUCUGUCUGCUGGACUGGAGAGUCCAAACUGUCGACUGGAGACUCUGAGAUUGAUGAACUGCAGGUUGUCAGAGAUCAGCUGUUCUUCUCUGGUCUCAGCUCUGAAGUCCAACCCCUCCCACCUGAGAGAACUGGACCUGAGCUUCAACAAGCUGCAGGCUUCAGGAGUGAAGCAGCUGUGUGGUUUUCUGGAGAGUCCAGACUGUGGACUGGAGACUCUGAGAUUGAGUUACUGCAGGUUGUCAAGGAUCAGCUGUGAUUUUCUGGCCUCAGUUCUGAAGUCCAACCCCUCCCAUCUGAGACACCUGGACCUGACAGGAAAUCACCUGCAGGAUUCAGACGUGAAGGAUCUGUAUGAUCUUGUGGAGAGUCCUGACUGUAGACUGGAGACUCUGAGAUGGAAAAACUAUACAAAUGAGACUGAAGAGGACGGUGUGUGUGUGUAUGUGUCUGUGUGUAUGUGAAGCAGUGAUGACUCUGCAGUCUAAACUGAUCUGAGUCACACACACAGUCCAGUCCACCAUCCUCCCUGUGUGACUCCCCCCAUGAAAAUCAAGUGUUAAUUUGUACAUAUGAUGUUUUUAUAUAUUACAAGACAUAUCCAUGGAGCCAGCAGGUGGUGG